AUGGAAAGCAUGGAGAUGCUAAAGGUUGGGGGACAGGAUGGAUCAGUCAGGAGGGAGGCGCUGCGUCCUCACCUGGCCUGCAUUCCUCCUGUGAGGCACCUCCUUUCCCAGAGCUACUGGGUCCCCGCGCCGUCCCCUCAUCCCAAUGGCCCAUUGCUUCCCAUUGCUGCUGGAAACCGGAAGCGUCGGCAUGCCUUCCUGGCCCCCCUCAUCCUGCCCCGCCGCCACAAAGCUCCGCUGCCUUCAGCACUCUUCAGUCGAGCCUUUGGGGGGCGCCACCUGCUUCCUGCAGGACCCUGA